AUCACUCACAAACAAAACUCACAAACUCUGCCGUCACGUCAAACAAGCACCACAACAUUGGGAAUACUUCUAUUGCUCUUGUGGCAGCUGACUGAACAAUGGCUCUGCUCAAAUCUGGCUUGCUCUGGAGACAGUCUUCAGUCCUCAAACGCUGGAAGCUGAACUGGUGUGACCUGUGGAUAGAUGGGAGUUUUGUUUUUUACAAAUCUGAAUCCAGAAGAGACUAUGAGACCAGAGUGAAUCUGAAGGCCAGCUGUGUGAAUGUGAAGUCUGGACUGGAGUGUGCAGGUGUAUGUCCACCUGAGAGUCACCCCCGAGAGAAUCUGCUGGUUGUUUAUCUGAGGGAUGGAUCUACGCUGGUCCUGUGUGCCAACAGUGAAGAUGAGGCACUGGCAUGGAAACUCACGCUCAUGGAGGCGAAAAGAAAUCCAGUUUUCACAUACAAUCCCUAUGACGAUACUUACCAAACCGUUCCGAUCGACAGUCAUAAUGCAGUUUACAUCAUGCCAGGUACAGGGUGUGGAGCAAGAGUGAUGAACUUUCUUCUCCCGCAAUCCUAUUCUUCUGCUAUCCAGAAUGGCAGCACAGCUGAAAGGAACUCAGCAUGUCUGGGUGCACAGAGAAUCUGAUGACAAUUUCGGAGAGCAGAUUGCAUUGGGACUCCUGGCUGGAAUGGCUGCGGGUGCAGCAAUGCGUUCACUUCUAUGGAUGCCUUUCUGGUUCUGCUGAGGACCAGUCAGAUAGCAGGAUGAAAGAAUACACUAGAAGAGAUGUCCAUAAAGCUCAGUGAAAGCAAACGCUCCUGUUCCUGCAUAUAAAUAUGUAAAUAUGAGAAUAGCUGCAGCUGUUUUAAACUCACUGGGCAUUAAGGGGUCAAUCAAUGUGUAAAAAAGGGAUUCUAGCUGCUUCAAAACUUUUUUCUAAUAUGUGAAAUAUCAACAGAUAUUUCUGUAACUUAUCUAUAGAAUAAUUCUGCACAUAACUAAGGUAUUUUCUUGCUGUUAUGAUUCUGCUUUGUGUAUAAUGUACAUGUAGAACAUAAUUUAUAUUUGUUAUUUUGUCAUAUAUCUACUAUUUGUAUUUAUAAAUAGCUCUAAAACAUUUUCUAACUAGCAUGAGGUUUGGAAGUGACCGGCAGACCUUUGAUUGCUCACCAAAUAGAAGAAUCUUGUGUGUUUAUAGGAAUUUUCUAUCCACCUUUUUCCUACGGCCCAUGAUGCUGUGCGCAAAUUAUGGGAGUAACUUCUGUUAAACCGUAAACAAUCAGGGAAAGGUUGCUUUAUGAGCGCAGUAAUAAGCAUUUUCAAAAACUGGGUGCAAUUCAGUCAACCUGACGGAUAAGUAUUAUUUGUAGUGUAACCAUAUGAUUAUUUUGAAAUGAUCUCUUUCAGCGAGGGAAUCUUUCCCAAACCGGAAGUGCCUCUCGUAAUCUCAGUAGGCUAGUUAGGAAAAAGGCGGAUAUGCAAAAUAUGAUGCAGAAAUAGCCACCAAAAGCUGAAUGUAUUCAUUAUAAUUAGGAUUUGAGAAAUGCCUUUGAGAUGCCUCAAUGAUGAAGGCUGCAUAAUGGAAUCAGUUCUCAUGACUGACCACUAGAGGAGGCAGAGCAGCAUUUGCAUCUGGCCUGUUUAUGUGCUAAUGUACUACCUUGCAAAUGUAUAAAGUUACAUUGUUGUGCAACACAUAAAUAAAUAAAAAGCUGCUACCACACACAGAAGCACAAAACAUUUGGAAUCUCAUUUUCUGUGUUUGCACAUUUACCAACUUCUUGACUAAUAAACUAAGUUAUACAUCCACCAAUCAAAACAAACAAAAAACAUUGUUGCUAAAUAAAGUUUUUAUUAGGGAUGUCUCAAGAUGCUGGCCAAUUUUAGCAGUGCAAAUAAUGAGCAUUGGCGUCAAGCAGCACUGCCUGACAAAACUGGUUAAAAUCCAUUUGAAAUGUAUGAGACCGUUUAAAGAAAACAAGCAAAAAAUACACAAUACACUACAUCUUAGAAACGUUUAGAUCAGUCUGGGGCCAAAAUAUCACUGUACAUUUAAAAACAAAUGUGACAGCUGCUUAGGCCAGAAUAUCUCAACGACUCUGUCUAUGAAUUAU